CAAGCGGACCCCGAAUAAUCUGCACUGCAAGGGAUUUUAUUACUUACUGUUUGUCAGCGUUUCACAUUCAGGCAGUAGUAUUGAGGAUCGCUCUUGUAUCUACCAUCAUGGAGCCAGCGUUUGGAGAGGUAAACCAGUUGGGAGGUGUAUUUGUCAACGGCAGACCACUGCCUAAUGCCAUUCGACUGCGGAUAGUUGAACUGGCCCAGCUGGGAAUCCGACCCUGUGAUAUUAGCAGACAGUUAAGAGUUUCACAUGGCUGUGUCAGCAAAAUCCUAGCUCGGUACAACGAGACUGGUUCCAUAUUGCCCGGUGCGAUCGGUGGGAGCAAGCCCAGAGUGACAACCCCCACAGUGGUCAAACACAUUCGAGCAUACAAGCAGAGAGAUCCAGGGAUUUUUGCGUGGGAGAUCCGCGACAGACUCUUGGCAGAUGGUGUCUGCGACAAGUACAACGUUCCCUCCGUCAGCUCCAUCAGCAGAAUCCUUCGGAACAAGAUCGGGAACUUGUCCCAGCAGAAUCAGUACGAGUCGAGCAAGACUCCGGCGCAUCCCCCUCCACAGUCGGCUCUUCAGUAUAAUGCAAUUUAUUCCUAUUCCAGUCCCAUCACAACGGCCGCAGCAAAAAUACCGUCGUCGCCCGGUGUGCCCGCCAUUCCAGCGCACAUGGGAAUUCACAGGACCUGGCCUUCAUCGCACUCCGUCUCCGAUAUUCUGGGCAUCAGAACAUUAAUUGAGCAGCAAGGUGCUAUUCCCAUUAGUGACAGUUCUUCUUAUCCUACUAAAGUGGAAGAAUGGAACAGUAUAAACAGGAGUCACUUCCACUCCUCAAACCAGUCUGCAGUGAAUGGACUGGACAAGUCCCCACUGGAGCAGGAAGUCAAAUAUACUCAGGGUCCCAAUGGUUUGCCUGCAGUUAGCAGCUUUGUUACUGCUUCAAGUAUGGCUCCUUAUCCUCCACCCACACAAGUAUCUCCCUACAUGACAUACAGUGCAGCUGCUUCCAGCUACAUGGCAACCCACGGCUGGCAGCAUGCGGCUGGCAGCACAAUAUCAACGCACAGUUGCGACCUUCCCACACCACUGCCAUUUAAAAGCAUUCAAGCAGCUAGAGAAGGUAGCCAUUCGAUUGCAGCCUCUGCAUUGUAG